GCAUCUUGGUCAUAUAUAAAAGGCACGACAUGUAGACGAGUAUCUAACCUAGCAACUUGGCUCUCUAUCAAUUAAUUUACUACUACGUUCAACGCGACACUCAUGGCAUCGUCAAAAGACUUUCAGAGCAUGAGCGACGAUACUAGUAUGUACAAGGAGGAUGAAGGAACGACUCCCGUGAUGGACCAGAAGCUUCGUUCAGAGAUGGGAGAACCUCCCCAUGCCAGUCCUCCGCCCGAUGGCGGAUUUCAGGCCUGGUGCGUGGUAGCAGGAGCCUUCUUUUGUCUCUUUGUCAGCUUCGGCUGGGUAAACUGCAUCGGUCUCUUUCAAACGUACUACGAGACCCACCAGCUGAAAGGUUAUUCGGCCAGCACGGUCGCUUGGAUCACCUCGUUUGAGGUCUUCAUUAUGUUCCUGGGGGGCCCCAUUCUUGGCAAACUGUGCGAUGUUUACGGCCCUCGAAUUCCCCUCCUCGUGGGAAGUUUCUUGCACGUAUUUGGCCUGAUGAUGACCUCACUUUGCAAGGAAUAUUACCAAUUCCUUCUAGCCCAGGGAAUCUGCAGCAGUAUUGGAGCUAGCUGUAUCUUUUACGCUGCAUUGGGAGCCACCAGCACAUGGUUCAGCCGACGGUCAGGCCUGGCCAUCGGGAUCGUAGCCAGCGGGUCCAGUCUUGGGGGCGUCAUCUUCCCCAUCAUGAUUGACAAGCUUUUGCCAAAUAUUGGCUUUGCUUGGACGAUGCGCAGCUCCGCUUUCAUGAUCCUCGGCCUCUUGGCGUUUGCUAAUGUCACCGUUCGCAACCGGCUGCCUCCGAACCCCAAGCCUGGCAGCCCAAAGGAUCUUGUCAUGCCAUUUACGGAGCCAUUGUUCUGCCUGACCGCGGCUGGGGCAUUUCUCUUCUCCUUUGGGCUGUUUCCCCCCAUCAACUAUGUAAUUUCCGAGGCGAUAUACGAAGGCAUGAACUACAGCCUCGCGUUGUACAUGCUGCCUAUUCUCAACGCGGCCAGCUUGUUUGGUAGAAUCAUCCCGGGCGCGGUGGGGGACAAGUUUGGGCGUUACAACUGCAUGGUCAUCAUGACGGGCUUGACUGCGAUUACCGUCCUGGCCAUUUGGAUUCCAGUUACCACUAAUGCCGGCAUCAUCUUCUUUGCCGCCGCCUUUGGCUUGACGUCCGGGGCGUUCAUCUCCCUCGCCCCCGCUUUGAUCACCCAGAUCACAAACGACAGCUCUAAAGUCGGAGUCAGGAUCGGGGCGAUGUAUGCGGUGACAUCCGUUGCGAAUCUGACGAGCAAUCCUAUUGGCGGUGGCCUCAUCCAACAGUGGGAUGGCAAGUAUACAGGGCUAAUGAUAUUUUGUGGAGUGAUGGAAGCCGCCGGGAUGUUGUUCUUCCUAGCGGCGCGAAUCUAUCAGACAGGAUUCCGGGUGGCUGUCGUCGUGUGAUCGUGAUUCGGGCAUCGAGAGAGUGCGUUCCGUUUCUAUAGAAUCCUUUAGUCAUAGCAACUAAUUAGGCAGAGCGAUUAAUGUGUGUCAACUAAUAAUUACCCUGGUUUUGGUGGUGUCAUAUCGUAUAUUUUGGUUUGAUAAUGGAAAUACUUCUCCGUAUCUUGUUGCCUAAAAAAGGGCCACUCACCUGCCCCACGGUUCGUUCUUCCCCGGCUAUAUUUCGGUAAUGUUAUUAUUCUCCGCAUUUUAGGGGCACCCUUGAUCUUAAUGAACUCUGCAUUAGCGACGUUAAAUUUUAUGAAAGAAAAGGAACAGUCGUGAGUCAUGCCUAAUUUUUUCGGUGUGAAUGGCGAAGUCAUGUGGUAUAUGGGUCCGCGGAUUAUAUGUUGAGUUCUACCUGCAACAACCGCCUAACGAGUAUAUGUAUAUAUAUUUGUAUGUAUACCUGUAUUAUGGACGCAGUACGCAGUACGCUAUAGUGCUACUAUCAGUACUAGUGCUAUA